AUGGUCAACAUUUUCAAAAAAUGUCGCGAACUUGUGGAAGCGGAUUCGGACCAAACUGUCCAGUCCGCGCUAUGUGCUGCAGCUGGGCUAGAAGUCGUGGACGGUGAUGGGAAAGUGAAAGGGAAAGCACUGAAGACGCUUUUCGCGGCCGCGGCCGCGUUCGGGUUUGGUGCUGUGUGGAGUUUGACCGCGGAGUAUACCCGCAGCAACACGGCAGGUGGUGCGAGAUCGGCCUGGAAAGGAGUCACCGCAGAGGUCGUGGUCACCUGGAACUACGAUUCAUCUGUGUUCCCAGCCACGAAAGGUGUGGGCCUUUACAUGGAAUGCCCGAAAAAAAAGGGGACGCGUGGGAAGGGCAAAAAUGGGGACGCGGGCAAGAAGGAUGAGAAGAGCGAGAAGGAUGAGAAGAAGGGCGAGGAGGCGGAGCACAGUGAUGGGGAAGACAAGGAUGACGAUACGUUAAUGCUGGAGGGAUCAGAGGCCGGCAAGGAGUUUGCCUGA